CUGACUACGGAGGCGGCGACGACGACGCAGGCUUCGAUGAUACCGGAUAUGGGUACGUGGAUCCGCCUACAGUCGCUGCCGCGUACUCAUUGUCCGAUGUUGGGUCUCUUCGAAUCUGUAGCUAACAUAUAUGUUUCUCAGAGAGGAGUAUGACUUCGAAGAGCCCGAGCCCGAAAUCUACGAAGACGACGAUCAGGAUCAGAACGCAGCCCCCGAAGACGCUGAGCGGGAACAACAGGGCCAGGAGGACAAUGUUGUGAUCGGGGGAGACGCCAGCCAUGCUGCCGCUGCAAAGGCCCAGGAGAAGAACACAGUCGCAAGCAUGCGGGACAAGAAGGUGCCAGACGACAAGCGCACGACUACGCCUUACAUGACCAAGUACGAGAGGGCGCGUGUUCUCGGCACAAGGGCUCUGCAAAUUAGCGGCAAUGCGCCUGUUCUGAUUGAUGUGGAAGGCAUGACGGAUCCUCUCCAGAUUGCCAUCAAGGAGCUUCGUGAGAAGAAGAUUCCCCUGGUCGUGCGGCGGUUCCUCCCCGAUGGAUGGUACGAGGACUGGACUUGCGAAGAGCUCCUCUGAGCGAUGUGGGAGGAAUGGGUCUGCAUUGGGCUGGAGUUUUUGGGGGUGGCAUAAAUGAUGGUGCUUGGCGAUAAAGGAGUCUUUAAGUCGUUUUCCAUGGAGAUAUUCCCCGAGUCAAAACCGAAGGAUCAUUUUCAUCCUCCCGCUCUGUUGCAAGUGAGAAAGCGGAUCCGACCGUUCAUGCAAUCACUU